CUGCCCUUUCUCAGUAUAGGAAGUUAGCCAAAAACAACGUAAUUUUCGACGGGCAUCUUGUCUUGUUAUAUCGACGGUAUAUCGAGAUUGAUGAACGAAGAUAAUUUCGACAUCCAUUUGUUGUCUGCAUGUAGAAAACGCAUUAUGGCUCGGAGAGUUGCUGUGAUUGGAGGAGGAAGCUCUGGACUGACCUGCAUUAAGUGUUGUUUGGAUGAAGGUCUGGAACCAGUGUGCUUCGAAAGCAGUGAUGACAUUGGAGGUCUUUGGAGAUUUAAGGAGAAUCCUGAGUUUGACAGGGCCAGCAUCUAUCAUUCAGUGAUCAUCAACACCUCAAAGGAAAUGAUGUGUUUCAGCGAUUUCCCCAUCCCUGCCCAUUUCCCGAACUACAUGCACAAUUCUUACAUUAUGGAUUACUUUUACAUGUAUGCUGAUCACUUCCAGCUCAGGCCUUAUAUCCGCUUGCAGACGAAAGUACUUAAUGUCAUUCAAAGACCAGAUUUUGCUCAGUCUGGUCAGUGGGACAUUGAGACAGAGGACAAGGAUGGGAAGAGAGAGAAACAUGUGUUUGAUGCUGUGCUCGUCUGCACCGGACACCACUGUCACCCUCAUCUUCCUCUGAAAGAUUUCCCAGGUAUAAACACUUUCAAGGGGAAAUACUUCCACAGUCGUGACUAUAAGUCUCCAGAGGAUUGGCGGAACAAGAGAGCAGUUGUGAUCGGAAUUGGCAAUUCAGGAGGCGACAUUGCUGUGGAGCUCAGCAGAGUGACCAAACAGGUUUUCCUGAGUACUCGGAGAGGCUCCUGGAUCCUGAAUCGCGUAGGAAGGAAUGGUGUUCCAGUUGAUAUGAUUCUUACUAGGGCAUUUCGAAUGAUCAUGCCUAUUCUGCCCUUCGCGGUCUUAUGCAACAUCGGAGAGAAAAGGCUCAAUGAGAGAUUUGACCAUGAACUGUAUGGGCUGAAGCCAAAACACAGAUUGUUUAGCCAGCACCCCAUGGUAAAUGAUGAUCUGCCAAAUCGACUCAUUUCUGGCACCAUUAAGAUGAAGCCAAAUGUGUGUGAAUUCCGUGGCUCCAGUGUUGUCUUUGAGGAUGGCACGAUUGAGGACAACAUUGAUCUGGUGGUGUUUGCCACAGGCUACACUUUCUCUUUCCCCUUCCUGCAAAGCCAUGUGAUCUCAGUCACAGAGAACAAGACACAACUCUAUAAGUACUUGUUCCCUCCACGUCUUGAAAAACCCACUCUGGCUAUCAUUGGCCUCAUCCAACCUUUGGGAGCCAUCAUGCCCAUCUCUGAAAUGCAAGCUCGCUGGGCCACACGUGUCUUCAAAGGGCUUAGUAAGCUUCCAUCAACGAGCAACAUGCUGAAAGAUAUUAAAGCUAAGGAAGACUCUAUGGCAAAGAGGUAUGUAACCUCACAGAGACAUACCAUCCAGGUUGAUCACCUCCUCUACAUGGAUGAGCUGGCUACGCAGAUAGGUGUGUGUCCCAACCUCCUAUGGCUGUUCCUGACUGAUCCUAGCUUGUGGCUAAGAGUCCUUUUUGGUCCGGGCACCCCAUACCAGUUUCGGCUGUUCGGUCCGGGUCAGUGGGCUGGGGCUCGUCAAGCCAUCCUCACCCAGUGGGAGCGCGUAGUCCAGCCAUUCAAGACACGCAGCGUCCUUGUGCAGGAGUCGGGUCACUCCCAUCUCCGUCUCCUCCUGUCUGUGUCUGCUGCUGCUCUACUGUCUACUGUCUACUUUAAUAGAGCCAACAUGUCUAGUUUCCUCCCAGACAUUACGUCUUUCCUAGAGAGGCUAAAAUCUCACCUGCCUCUACCAAUGGUGAGGCAGUGACCACUAAUACAGUGAUUUAUUUCAAAAGACAGGGCUUUAAUCCUGCAAGCAUCAUACAUGCAGAACCCUUUAUAAGUAAGAAAAUUACAUAAGUCAAAUUGUUUUUAACAUUUCCAGUUAAACUUAGCAUGCCUAAAGCCUUAUCAUAAAAUACAUGCUAACUAAUGAUUCUCAUUCUAAAUAUAUAAAUAGACAUAUUAUAUUCAAUAGGAGAUCUGGAGACAAUUAACAGUUACGUAUUACACAUUAUAGUGGUAGUUUAUAUGUAUUGCAUUAAAUGCUGCAGGUGCUAAUUUGUAAUGCAACAAUAACUAAUACCUCUUACAUAAUUUUUAAUAAAAUAAAAUUUAUAUUUGAAUAAAAAAUUCAUUCAUUCAUUCAUUCAUUCAUUCAUUCAUUCAUCUUCUACCGCUUAUCCGAACUACCUCGGGUCACGGGGAAUAAAAAUUUCAAUAACUAAAAUUUUAUAUCCUGAUUUUUUUUUUAAUUAAUCAUGAAACAUAUUUUUACUGAAUUACUUGGUUAUGCACAUCAUUAACACUAUAUAAACAUAAAAUAGUCAUUUCAUUUUAAUGAUGAAAGACAUUUAAUUUUUUCCAUUUUUUACCACUUCUGCACAUUGGAAAUGCUGAUGUUUUAGAAAAAAGCACAUUAUGGUCCUAUAUAUUUUCACUAAAUGAUUUAUUAUUUUUAUGGCUGUUAUUAUAGUUUUCUUUUGAUGUGCUAAUUAUAUUAAUUGUUUAAAUUCUGAGUGAAUUGC